AUGCGGCGCGCCAGCCGAGACUACACCAAGUACUUGCGCGGCUCCGAGGAGCUGGGCAGCGGCGCCGCCCACGAGAGCGCCCCGCCGCCGCUGCCGCCGCCGCCGCCGCCGGGCCACCCGCACCCGCCGCCCGCCUCCCGCUCGCUCCUGGCCGCCCUCGUCCUCCUGGGGCUGGGGCAGGUGGUCUGCAGCGUCGCCCUCUUCCUCUACUUCCGAGCGCAGAUGGACCCUAAUAGAAUUUCAAAAGAAGAUGCACACUGUGUCAGAACAUUCCUAAGAGCUCAAGGAAGUACAGAUUUGCAAGAGACACCAUUUGAAAAUCAGGAGGCAAAGUUAAUGCCUGACUCAUGUGGAAGUAUGAAACAGGCUCUCCAAAGAGCUGUACAAAAGGAAGUGCAGCGCGUCAUGGGAAGAGAACUACCAAGACCAGAAAAAGUUGCAAUGCAGGCCUUAGGAAUGGAUCCGUACAAGAGAAGUAAACCCGAGAAGCAACCUUUUGCCCAUCUUAUUAUUGAUGAUAAAAACAUUCCAUCUGGAACUCGCAAAGUGAACCUUACAUCCUGGCAUCAUAACAAAGGCCAGGCAAACUUAUCGAAUAUGACAUUCAGUGAUGGAAAACUAAUUGUUAAUCAAGAUGGAUUUUACUAUCUUUAUGCCAACAUUUGUUUUAGACAUCAUGAAACAUCAGGAAACCUGACUAAAAGAGGGCUUCAGCUGAUGGUGUAUAUGACGAAGACAAACCUUAAAAUAAGACGCUCUGAUGUCUUGAUGAAAGGAGGAAGCACCAAAUACUGGUCGGGGAAUUCAGAAUUUCACUUUUACUCUGUAAAUGUAGGGGGGUUUUUUAAAUUAAAAUCUGGUGAAGUGAUAGGUAUCCAGGUAUCAAACCCACUACUAUUGGAUUCAUCCCAAGAAGCAACUUAUUUUGGGGCAUUUAAAGUAAGGGAUUUAGACUAAACCUUCUGUCUUUAAUGUAUGGUAUUAUUUUUGCCCUGGGACUCGAAGGAAAAAAAAAUUGGAUUUAUAGUUGUCCAGAAUCAACUUCAAGACAAGAAGGAAAAUCUCUUGGGUCCUAGUUGUAUUUGUGUAAGCCCUGUAUCAUCCCUGAAGACACAUUUUGCCCUGCACUAAUUUUAGUGGGAGUUCCACAAAUGCACACAAGGGCAAAAUUACACAGUUCUCUUGAUUCAGUCUUAAACAAGUUUUGCUUCAUAUAA